UGUGAAUACCAAAUGAGGAAAAAAGAAAACAAAAAAAAUAAAUAAAAAAAGCAGAAAACAGAAGAAUCUUAAACACAUCGAUAUGUAAAGCUGCAGGAGACCGAUAUAUUUUACCCAGCCCAGCAUGUGAUUAUGUUUUUUUCUAAAGUGAUAUUAACAUAUCGUGUUAUUUAAAACAUUUAUUGCGGAAUGUUAUACUAAACAGCAGCUAUAGGCUUAAGUAUCAAGUGCAUUAAAAAAACUGAUAUUAUCGCUGUUGCUGCUACGGAUCUAUAACAAUAAUGUGAAAAUUCUUAUAAAGAAGAGAUUUUUCCUUAAAAAAAAAGUUGAAAAAGAAAUAUUUACUCAAUCUAUGGUUGAAUAAGAAAUUAAGAGAAUGAAGCGCAUCUGUCUAAUGGCACUUCGAUUAACGUAUAUGUGUUAAUUUAAAUAAAACUUUUGUAUUUAAAAAAGUAACAUUUAAAAUCCAUCAAUUUUUACAUUACAUCCAUCUAUCCUGCAUAAGAAAAAUAUUUAUUUCAUCGACGGCUGCUUAAUACUAAUAAAUCAUAAGUAAUAAAACUACAAUGGAUUCGGAUCUCGUUUCGCAAACAACCAAAGAUGAUGAAAUCACGCAGUUUAUAUGUGAUAUACGCGACUAUCUGAGAGCUUCUUUGGAACCUUCAGAAUAUGAAAAUACUUCAACUAUAUUUUAUGUAACGACAGCCGAAGUAACCGAACAGCUGCUAAAUCGUUGCAAUUCGCUGUUGCAGCGUCUAAACGAUAGCAAUAAUGCGAAGAAAAUUGAACAAGCAAAGCCAUUAAAGAACGGUUCUGUGAUGACUAAUGAUGUGGAAAAUUAUCAUCAGAAUCAGGCAAAAGUUAAUAAUAAUUCUUUACACUACAAUAAUCAUAUAAAUGUAAGAAACAACAACACGUCAUCCGUUACAUCGAACACAUCAAAUCAGAGUGGCUUAGCAAUUCCUGAAACGACGGUGGAUGAUGUUUUGUAUUUAAAUAUGUCGCCUGUGAAUAACCAACGGAGCAGAUCAUCUCCGAGAGAAUUUAAGAUUUUAGAAUCCACAGAUUCCACAGAGAGUAUUAAAUCUUUUCGGGAUUCUUCGGCAUCUUCGAAAGGAAAUAAAAGUUUCUUAUAUCAUCAUAAUCAUAUAAAUUCGAGCAUCAGGGCGAAUGAUUUUGUAGAAGAAAAUUUAGAAAAUGCUUUAGAUGAUUUCGACAAUGAUGAUGAUCCACAAAUUUACGAUAUAUGUCAGGUAACCACCCAGGGUUCCGACGGCGAAGAAGAUUACGUUCUUGAAGAAACUCAUAAGGCCAUUCCGAAUAUCGAUUCCGAUUUUCCAUUGGCCGGCAUAGAUUGCCCAUACGUUGAUCUACCCGCCGGUCAUUUAGCUAUUCAGACGUCCGCAAAUAAAUAUGGCCAAUUGCAACGUAUAGAGAAACGUAUAUUUUUCGAUCAAAGUAAGAAAUAUUAUUGCGGAAUUUUAAAUGAUUGGUUUUUGUGCUAUGCCGAAGGACCCACCACUGUUAAGCCUACGAUAACUUUGCACUUGAAAAUGCCGGGUAUCGAGAUUGAACAUUUUGGCGAAGGCAAACGGAGAGAUGUCUGUUUUCAGAUUUCCACAUCCGAUCCUAAUAAACGUUUCGUAUUUCAAGCCGCCAAUGAAGUGGACGCCAAAGAAUGGAUCCAUGCUAUAGAAGCCGCUAUACGUAAUGAUACGAAUGGUGAUAGCAACGGCAGCAAUCAUAAAAUCAAUGCACGUAAAUCGUGCACAGCGCCAACCACAAAAAGAAUCACCUUUUUAAGCAGUUUUCAUAAACUGACGAACGAGAAUAAACGGUUCAGUACGUUAUUUAAUACGAUAAACGAUUGCAUUUAUGAAGAGCCUUCACCGCUCUAUCAGGUAAACGAGCCGUCAGAAUUGUUAAUAGAUAAAGAUGACGAAAACUCGGACUCUCCACCCGUAUUGCCGUUAAAGCAAACCAGUCCCGCUGCUUUAGCUCAGAAAUUUGACUAUGAUAUUCCUACGCGCCCCGCACAACCGCUUAAAUCUGGUGGUGGAAAAUCACCAGAAAUUGUUUUAUUAACCACAAGUCCGGAUACGAAGGCAAGUAGUGGAAACACUUCACCGGAACGUAAAGAACGUAAAGCUGUUGGUGUUGAUAGCGAAGACGGAUCAGAUUUUCAGACCAAAGUAAGAGAGUUGCAUAGUAAGCUUUCUAGUCAGCUAGCAGCAGGACCAAAUUUAAAAAAAAUCAAUAAGAAAUCGUAUACAGCAGCCAAUCAAAAUGAUUCGAAUUCCCUGAUUAUCAACUCUUUGCCCUCCACCCCCAAAAAUUGGUUAUUUAGUCGCCUGAGUAAAACCACAUCGUCUACACGAAGCUUUUCUUCUUCUUCUUCCUCCUCAUCGGCAGCCUUAAUUUCUCCUACUAAAUGUAAAAGUGAGAAGCAAAAUUUGCUCAACUUUGCAGACUCUUGUGAAAGUGGCGUGGGUGGCGGUUUCGACAGUAUUGACUCGCAUUUGAGCAGUAAUCCGAAUUCACCCAUUUUAAAAACCAACUCUCCAUUGCUAAAUAGUGGCAAAAGUAAAGUAAAUAUGAUUAUUAAUAAAUUAGAAGCUACUGGCCACCAAUUGCCAUUCGGUGUGGAUGUAGCGGUAGCAUCGUUUAGUUCCUUUUGUGAAAAUGACUGCAAUAAUUAUGAAACCAUUGUGACCAACACCUAUUAG